AACAACGUGGAAAGAUGCAUGUUGUAGAUGACAUAAGAAUUAUGACAUUAAUUGACAGUGUUGCUUAUCUUUAGGUGAGUACAAGUCCAUGGGAAUGUCCAACCUAACAAGACUCUCUGAAUUUAUCCUCUUGGGACUCUCCUCUCGGUCUGAAGACCAGAGGCCACUGUUUGCCCUCUUUCUUAUCAUAUACCUGGUCACUUUGAUGGGAAAUCUGCUCAUCAUCUUGGCUAUCCACUCCGAUCCUCGACUUCAAAACCCUAUGUAUUUUUUCCUAAGCAUCUUGUCCUUUGCUGAUAUUUGCUACACAACAGUCAUAGUCCCGAAGAUGCUCAUGAACUUCUUAUCAGAGAAAAAGACCAUUUCCUAUGCUGAAUGUCUGGCACAGAUGUAUUUCUUCCUGGUUUUUGGAAACAUAGAUAGUUAUCUCCUGGCAGCUAUGGCCAUCGACCGCUGUGUAGCCAUUUGUAACCCAUUCCAUUAUGUCACUGUUAUGAACUGCAGAUGCUGUGUGUUGCUACUAGCCUUCCCCAUCACUUUCUCCUAUUUCCACUCUCUCCUACAUGUCCUCCUGGUGAAUCGGCUCACCUUUUGUGCAUCAAAUGUUAUCCAUCACUUUUUUUGUGAUGUCAACCCUGUGCUGAAACUGUCCUGCUCCUCCACCUUUGUCAAUGAAAUUGUGGCCAUGACAGAAGGGUUGGCCUCUGUGAUGGCUCCAUUUGUCUGUAUCAUCAUCUCUUAUCUAAGAAUUCUCAUCGCCGUUCUCAAGAUUCCCUCAGCAGCUGGAAAACACAAAGCCUUCUCCACCUGCAGCUCCCAUCUCACCGUGGUGAUUCUGUUUUAUGGGAGUAUUAGCUAUGUCUACUUGCAGCCUUUGUCCAGCUAUACUGUCAAGGACCGAAUAGCAACAAUCAACUACACUGUGUUGACAUCAAUGUUGAACCCAUUUAUCUACAGUUUAAGAAACAAAGACAUGAAAUGGGGCUUACAGAAAUUGAUAAACAAGGUUAAGUCUCAAAUGGGUAGGUUUUCUACAAAGACCAAUAAAAUCUGUGGACCCUGAUUACGAGUGUGUGUGUGUGUGUGUGUGUGUGUGUGUGUGUGUGUGUGUGUUAGCACC